AUGAAGGCAUCUACAGUACUCAGCAUAGCUUUUCUCGCCGUUACAAGCGCGGCGACCACCAUCCCUAGCACUGGAACCACGUCGUUAAGAAAAGAAGCAGCAAAGAAAGAUAUCCUCAUCGGUUCCGGUGCGAUCAACCCAACAUAUCUGAAUGACCCCCAAUUCGCGGCCGUCCUCUCAAAGCAAUUCAACAGCCUCUCCCCCGAAAAUGAAAUGAAGUGGUCAAUUCUCGAACCAACUCAAGGGAACUACAAUUGGGAAACACUCGAUCAACUCGUACAUUUCGCCGAGGAUAAUAAAAUGGCUGUCAAAGGACACGGACUGAUAUCCAGCUGCUGCAACCCGGAUUUCCUAUUGAACAUUACAAAUCCAACAGACUUUCGCGCCGCUAUGACUACCCACUUCCAAGCAAUCAUGCAUCGUUACAAAGACAAGAUGAAUCGAUGGGAUGUUGUAACGGAAGCAAUCCAAACCAUGGGCGGGGGAUUAAACAAUAACGAUUUCCUCAAAGUGCUCGGGCCAGAAUAUAUCGAAGACGCCUUUCGCAUUGCGCGAGCAGCAGAUUCAUGUGCCAAACUAUUCCUUAACGAGAAUCUCGUGGAGUCUCUCCCUGGUAAACGUCAGGAACUCUAUACUCUCGUCUCGGGACUCGUGGAUAAAGGUGUACCCAUCGACGGCAUCGCAUUACAAAUGCACAUCACAGCAGUUGCUCCAACUCCAGGCGUCAUCACCGAAAUCGUCCGAUCUUAUAAGGCGCUUGGAUUGGAGGUGGCUAUCGCGGAAAUGGACGUUCAUACUUUGAAUUCUACACUUGAGAUGGAGAUUUAUGGUGCUGUUGUUGGUGAGGCCCUUGAUGCUGGGAUUACUGAUAUUAGUUUUUGGGGUUUCACGGAUAAGCAUGCUUAUACUUGGAUACCGGGCGCUAAACCUUUGAUGUUUGAUGAGGAGUAUAGGCCCAAGGGCGCGUUCUUUGCUACUCAUGCGGCGCUCUCCGAGUUUGUGGCAAAGUGGAAAUGA